AUGUCGUUUAGGAACGUGAACCAGGCGAAGGUGGCGACGAUAAAGCACAUCAACAACCUGAUCACAUGCCUGGUCAAUAUCAAGGACGAGACAGGCGAGUUCCUCAUGCCGUUAGCCGAUGGAAGGAUCAUCGACACCAAGGGCUGGGAAGAUUGGGAGUGGACGCAUGGAAUCGGGCUGUAUGGGCUGCUGAAAUUCAAUGAGAUCACCGGGGACAAACGCGCGCUCGACAUCGCUCUUGCUUGGUUCCGGGACCGAUUCGAGGUCGGGACGACGAAGAACGUCAACACCAUGUCGCCUCUUUUGACAGCCGCUUACCUUCACCACAAGGGCGCGGCGGACUACUACGUCCACCUCGACUCGUGGGCGGAGUGGGUGAUGUACGACAUGCCCCGCACCACGGAGGGAGGCCUGCAGCACAUCACCUACCUGCUCGACAACCCAGAGCAGUUGUGGGACGACACACUGAUGAUGAGCGUCCUGCCGUUGACCAAGAUCGGACUCGUCUUGAACCGGCCGCACUACGUCGAAGAGGCCAAGCGUCAGUUCCUCCUCCACAUCAAGUACCUUCAAGACCUCCAAACCGGACUCUGGUUCCACGGUACGGCCUCCGGACUCUCUCGCCUCCUUCGCAUCAAGACCGCUGACGUUCACCCAGGCUGGUCCUUCGACGGCCGUCACCACUUCGGCAAGGCCCUCUGGGGCCGCGGCAACUGCUGGGUGACCGUCGCGAUCCCGGACUUCAUCGAGAUGCUCGCACUCCCCGAGACGGACGGCGUGCGCCAACACCUCGUGUCCGCGCUCGCCGCGCAGAUCGACGCGCUCGUCGCGCUCCAGGACGCCGACACCGGGCUGUGGCACACGCUCCUCGACGACCCCACCUCGUAUCUCGAGGCGUCCGCGACGGCCGGGUUCGCGUACGGGAUCGCGAAGGCGCUCCGGCUCCGGCUGAUCCCGCGCGAGGAGCGGUACAUGCGCGCGGCGAGGCGGGCGAUGGAGGGUGUGCUGGCGCACAUCUCGGAGGAGGGGGAGCUGCGGAACGUGUCGUUCGGGACGCCAGUGUUCAUGGACUUGGAGGACUACAAGAAGAUCCCGUUGACGAGCAUGCCGUACGGCCAGAGCUUGGCGUUGCUCGCUCUGACGGAGCAUCUGAGGACGUUCUUGUAG